AUAAUUAGCGGCAUUGUCGCUUGAACAACACAGCUGGUCUUAUUUAUUUAUCAUUUAAUAACUUCACUAACACUUUACUGAGCUGAGCCUAGGGAGGAAGAACUGAAUCGUAAUGGACACUGAAAAACCAGACUUACUUCAUGCUUUGGAACACUACCAACAACGAUAUAAUUGGGACUGUGGGUUGUCCUGUGUCCUCAUGGUGCUUCCAAUAAAAUCCAGGAACUACAUCAUUAAUAACUUUAAACAGGUUGUUGAGGAGGAGGGGUUCGGAGAGAGCACUUGGACAAUAGAUCUCUGUUUUCUGUUACACAGGUUUCAGACCAAGUUCAGUUAUCUGACAGUAACAAUUGGAAUAGAUCCUGGAUACAUUAGAGAAAACUUCUAUGACAAGGUCUUGUCAAAAGACUCACAUCGAGUAAAUCAGAGAUUUAGCGACGCUGAAAGCCUGGGAAUGCAUUUGGAGAAGAAAUCAGUGCCAGUUAAAGAAAUUAUGGAAAGAUUAAAAGCGGGUCCUAUAAUAGUUCUAGUAAAUGCUAAUCAACUGAUCUGUGUAACCUGCUCAGAUUUUUCUUACACUUGCUAUACUUCUUGCCUUAGGCUAUGUACAAACAGCUACCAAGGACAUUACAUAGUUCUGAUCGGUACAAACAGGUGACAAAAUAUUUUUAAUCUAAACUUGUGUCGU